GAGUGGGAGGAGCCCGGCCAUCACGUGCAGAAAGCAGUCUGGAGUACCGAGGCUAUCGUUCUGGUUGACAUCAACUUAUUCUCCAAAGCGACCAAUCACAUCACGCGACCGAUAAGUGACCGUUCAUUCAAACAUCUUCCUUCGAACGAUGAGCAGUAACGCAAGGGACGACCUGAGGGCUGGUCUCUUCAAAUGUGUCGAGUCGGGCCUGCAGCGCAUCGAAAAUUUGUGGGCGGCAAUCGGAUUUAGUGAGGAACAGCGCUGCGAGAGGAUGAAAGUUGUAUUUGAGCAGACCCAGGACUUAUUCAGUACUCUGUGUGACGAAGAAGAAACUCUUAAGAAUGACAUCAAAUUGAAAAUCGACCAGUACAGAGACGAGGCAACCAGUUUGUUUAGCGAGUUGGACUUGGAACCCGAUAUGCCGGCACCUGGAAGUCUUGCUCUAGUUAACAUGGAGCAGUGCCUAAGAACAAAGCUAGAGAGUUUAGAUAAGGAGAAGUAUACCAGAUUAAAGACCUAUAAGUGUGCAAAGGAGUCUGAAGAAUCACUGUGUGAGACACUGGGACUGCAAGCAGGAGAGGAAAGGCCAAGAACUCCAGUUGGCAUUCCAAGUGUCGAGUUCUUGGAGAAGUUGAAGGAAAGAGUUCACAUGUUAGAAGAGGAAAAGGAGCGUAGAGUUGCUACGUAUUGCACCAUUCAAGAGUCGAUACUGCAGUUGUGGAAAGAGUUGGAGAAAGAGCCACAAAAUGAUUUUGAAAUUUCGAUUGCAUCAUUUGGAGCUGAGUCAUUUCUAUUAUCUGACAACAAUCUAGAAAGAAUACAAGACCUCUGUCAAGAACUACAGAAGGAAUUUGAUAAUUUAGAACACACAGCAGUCAGUCUAAGAAACACUGUUGUGUCGAUGUGGCAGAGACUUAACAUUCCGGAGGACGAGAGAAUUGAAUUUACGAAGAACUGUCAAGGAUGUAAACCAGCCAUCAUAAAAAAGUUGAGACGGGAACUUGAGCGUCUUGAAGAGAUAAAGAGACUCAAUAUGAGAUCGUUUAUCAAUGCAACACGGGACGAAUUGAAAAGAGUAUGGGAUGCUUGUAUGUUUGGAGUAGAGCAGAGACAAGAAUUUGCUAUGAUUAAUAGUGAUGAAACAACAGAUGCUGUUCUUGAUGCUCAUGAGUGUGAAGUGCAGCGAGUGAAAGAGUUGUAUGAGAACACGAAGGAUCUUUACGAAUUGGUUAAGAAACGACGAACGAUGUUUACACGCUAUCUGGAGCUCAGAGAUAAUGCCAACAACCCUGACAAGUUCAAGAACAGGGGAGGAAGGCUUUUGAGAGAGCAGACCGAAAGGAAGAUGCUGCAAAAAGAGAUUCCGAAGCUAGAAAAAGGGCUGAAAACUCAGAUCACUGAAUGGGAAAGUGCACAGCAGCAAUACUUCAUAGUGAAUGACUGGCGUUACCUUGACACAAUCACGUCUGACUGGAAGCAGUUAAAAGAAGAAAAAGAAAGAGCAAAAGUUGACAGACGUAAACAGAAAGAGCUUCAGAUGGAAGAGGAAACGAUGUAUGGCAGUAAACCAGCAACUACACCACUCAAAAGAAAAGCUACUGGGCCGGUGUCUGCAAGUCCUGCAUGUAAGGUCUCAAAGUUGGCUCACAAAAGUACGCCGUUGUUGGCCCAUUCCAGUCUUCAGUCACCACGAGUUCGAUCAAAGAGAGCAGCUGCUGCCGCUGCUAUCUCUAAAAUGACUGGACCACGAACACCUAAUCGGACAGCAGCACUGCAGGCAGCAAGAAGGAAGAUAGCAAUGGAUCAAAACUUCAGUGUCAAUGAUACAACACAGGAACGUGCAAAAGUGGACUCAUCUAUAUCAUCUCAUGGAACUUAUACUGAUUUUACGCGCAUACUAAACAAGCCAGAAUCUGCAAUGUUGAGAAGCAGCAUCAUCAGCAAUAAGAAAGAUUGAUCAUCGUAUCUAGAAGUAGCCAUUGUAGACUGUAUAGUUUUAGUUUAGUGUCGCUACAUUUCAUCUCGCUUGUUUUGAAUAUUUAGAUUUUGGGGAAAAUGAUGAAAUGGUAUUCU